UUGAAAUAAAGCCCUAUCUUGCCAUUCCCGCUUCUCUGUCGGUUCUUCUCCCCUCUUGGCGGCGUCUUUGCAAACGCCCUUCCUCGAGGGAGUUCUUGGUGUUUCGGCGCCCGAUCUGUGAGCUAGCGCGGCCGCUACAUCGUUCCUGCGAAGAUGAGGGAGUGCAUUUCGAUCCACAUCGGUCAGGCCGGAAUCCAGGUCGGAAAUGCCUGCUGGGAGCUCUACUGCCUCGAGCACGGCAUCCAGCCGGAUGGAACAAUGCCGAGCGACAAGACUGUUGGUGGGGGCGACGAUGCCUUCAACACCUUUUUCAGCGAGACUGGAGCUGGAAAGCACGUCCCUCGCGCUGUUUUCCUCGAUCUUGAGCCUACCGUGAUUGAUGAGGUCCGCACUGGAACUUACCGCCAGCUCUUCCACCCUGAGCAGCUCAUCAGCGGAAAGGAAGACGCUGCGAAUAACUUUGCUCGCGGUCACUACACAAUUGGAAAGGAGAUUGUCGACCUUUGCCUUGAUCGCAUCCGAAAGCUGGCUGACAACUGCACUGGGCUCCAAGGAUUCCUGGUGUUCCAUGCCGUCGGCGGUGGCACGGGUUCUGGGCUUGGCUCCCUCCUCCUGGAGCGACUUUCUGUCGACUAUGGGAAGAAGUCCAAGCUCGGAUUCACCGUUUAUCCAUCGCCUCAGGUGUCCACCUCCGUUGUCGAGCCUUACAACAGCGUCCUCUCGACGCACUCUCUCCUGGAGCACACCGACGUUGCUGUGCUGCUGGAUAACGAGGCAAUCUACGAUAUUUGCCGGAGGUCCCUUGACAUCGAGCGCCCGACUUACACCAAUCUUAACAGGCUCGUCUCACAGGUCAUCUCGUCCUUGACUGCCUCGCUCCGUUUCGAUGGUGCACUCAACGUCGACGUGACCGAGUUCCAGACCAACUUGGUGCCAUACCCGAGGAUCCACUUCAUGCUCUCGUCCUACGCGCCGGUCAUCUCCGCCGAGAAGGCGUACCACGAGCAGCUCUCGGUGGCCGAGAUCACCAACACCGCCUUCGAGCCAGCGUCCAUGAUGGCAAAGUGCGACCCCCGACACGGAAAGUACAUGGCCUGCUGUCUCAUGUACCGCGGCGACGUGGUUCCAAAGGACGUGAACGCGGCCGUGGCUACCAUCAAGACCAAGCGGACGAUCCAGUUCGUGGACUGGUGCCCGACCGGAUUCAAAUGCGGCAUCAACUAUCAGCCCCCGACGGUGGUUCCAGGCGGAGAUCUUGCCAAGGUCCAGCGCGCGGUGUGCAUGAUCUCAAACUCCACCAGCGUCGCCGAGGUGUUCUCCCGGAUCGACCACAAGUUUGACCUCAUGUACGCCAAGAGGGCGUUCGUCCACUGGUAUGUGGGCGAAGGCAUGGAGGAAGGGGAAUUCUCCGAGGCCCGCGAAGAUCUGGCAGCGCUCGAGAAGGAUUACGAGGAAGUCGGGGCCGAGUCCGCGGAUGGAGAGGACGAAGAGAACGACGAGUACUAAAAAGCUAGCUAUGGAGUUCUUGAAGUUCUUCGUUUCAAGUGUUCUUACUAAAGUGGUUUGGUUCUACGCUCUUUUCUCACGAGUGGUUUCACAGUAGAAGUUUGCAAUUCUAUGAUCUAUUCUCUUGGAAUUUGAUAGAGCAUCGUUUGA